GAACCAUCCCCGCACCACACAACUGAGAGGGCUCACGAAGAAAUGAAGUCGGAAGGUAGCCCAUGCUGGCGACGGAUCUUCUUCCUCACUUUUCUCAUCACGAACAGCUUGGCCAUCGACGCAACUCUCCAAGACCCAGUACACUCGGUAUUUACCUCAACACACGCGGAUCCCAGGUCGCUCGAAUCCUCGUUUACCAAGUCAGCGGCCCGACCUCCAUGGCCCGAACGACCGGCCUUCCAACAGAAUCCCCAAUCUCACUCUUUACUCAACUCCAACUGCCAUCCAAUGACAGUCGAGAAAACCACCCGGACCGAUGAGAUCCGAGCCGUCAACGGGGAUGAAUAUUAUCCAUCGAAGACGUCCAAGGCAUCGGCAUCGGCAUCAAAGACUGAGGAGGAGGAUGAAGACGCAAGACUACUCGAUGACCUCAUCCAAUGUCAACUACUAGCUCCAAGCUCCGCUCGGCCACCAAGAACGGCCACGGAUAAUAGGCUACACAAACGAUCUCUGGACUCGAAGCAGAAGUGUAACAGAAAACGCUGGAGGAAAAUAUACAAAUCAAUCCGAAAAUCUUACAACAGAGUCCGUCGUAGGAUGAUCAUCUGGCUUAUCAAAUUCUUGUUGCUCUUCGAUUUCAAACCAGCCAGAAAGGCUAUGCGAAAGGUCAAAUUGGCUCAGUUUUUUCGCGUCAAUUGGUGAAUAGCCGCAGACAAGUCACAUCAUUAUCAGUCACACUUAUAAUUCAUCCGUUCCGACAUCAAUCCAAGAGUCAUUCAAGAUCGCCAAAAACAAUCGACUUUGAAAAAAGACGGAGCAUACAAACAAUCUAUCUAUCGGUUGCAUAAUUCAAAAUAAAUACACUCGAUUGCGCGUAACCCAAUCAUUUAACGAGUGAUAUAUGCUUUAUCCCCUC